UAGAAACUGAUUUGGUUUUGGAGUUUAGACAAAAGCCUGAGAGAGAGAGAGAGAGAGAGAGUCUGUCGGUGAAUAUCGUAGAAGAUGGCGAAGUCUUCAGAAAUCGUGAAGAAGCUGAAUCUCAGGUCACACCAAGAAGGUGGUUUCUUCUAUGAAACGUUCAGAGACUCUUCUGUUAUCCUCUCCACCUCUCAUCUCCCUCCCACCUUCAAGGUGGACAGAGCUGUGAGCACAAGUAUUUACUUUUUGCUUCCAUCUGGUAACGUUUCACGUCUUCAUCGCAUACCCAUGGCUGAAACUUGGCACUUCUAUUUGGGUGAACCCCUCACUGUAGUGGAGAUCAACGAUGAUGGGAAGUUGAAAUUCACGUGUCUUGGUCCUGACCUCAUUGAAGGUGACCAGAAGCCUCAGUACACGGUCCCUCCGAACAUUUGGUUUGGUUCGUUUCCAACAAAGGAUUUUCAUUUCCCUCACAAUGGGACUCUGCUUAGAGCCGAGCCUAGAGACUCGGAGAACCAUUUCUCUCUUGUCGGAUGCACCUGUGCUCCCGGUUUCCAGUUUGAGGAUUUUGAGCUUGCGAAACGCUCUCACCUCAUGUCGCUGUUUCCUCAGCAUGAGUUGCUUAUCACAAUGCUCUCUUACCCGGAGUGAUGAGGGGUGUUACUGCUAAUAGAAGACAUUCUCUAUGUUGUUUUCUUACUGCAAAACCUUACUUAUGAACCAUGUGAAGUUGUAACUGUACUCUUUGAUUUCACUUUUGAACUAUCUUUCUUUGUUUUUUUU